GGCGCUGCGCUGCAGGCUUCUGGGCCAGGUCGGGCACAGGCUGGGCCACCAUGACAUCCUUGCAUCCUCAGAAGCGCUUCCUCCUAGUUGGAGAAGGAAACUUUUCCUUCUCUGCCGGUUUGUGCGAAACGAGGGGUGACGAGGCUCAUAUCAUCGCUACCUGUUAUGAGAGUGAAGAUGUCGUUUCCGGGCAAGAACUUGCUAAAACCAACAUUCGGUAUCUGAGGGACAGAGGAGCUGAAGUUCACUUCUGUGUCGAUUGCAUAACACUGAAGGAGCGGUUUUUGCCAGCAGAGAGGGAUUUUGAUCGCAUUUAUUUCAAUUUCCCCCAUUGUGGGAGAAAAGCCGGAGUGAAAAAGAACAAAGAGCUUCUGGCCAGGUUUUUUUGUAGCUGUGCAGAGGUUCUGGCAGAGAAGGGAGAAGUCCAUGUGGCCCUUUGUAGGGGACAGGGCGGUACCCCUGCAGACCAGCCGAGGAGGGAUUGGCACAACAGCUGGCAAGUUGUUGCUAUGGCAGCAGAGGCGGGAUUCAUUCUGAAUAACGUUCAUCCAUUUAGCACCAGGGAUGCUGGCGGAUAUAAAUGCACGGGCUACAGGAGUCAAGAUAAAUCUUUCUGUGUGGAAGGAGCUUUGAAUCACAUAUUUACCCGGAGUCUGCCACUUUUGCUUCCUAGACCUCUGAUCUGUCAAACAGAACUGGAAGGCAAAUUGGUUUCCUUCCGGGUUCCGGAGAUAUUUCGAGAUAAGAUCAACAGGGGUUUCCUGGAUGUGAAUUCAGAGCAUCCCGUCAGAACAGUAAAUGAAAAACUCCUCGAAGGACUCGGCAAAUCAUUGCCCAUUCGGAAGGUGAACCGCCCCCUUUCUUUGGUGUUCCAAGGCAGCGGCAAUUCCUCUUCCUGCCUGGAUGCCCUUUGGAUGGUUCCUGUUGCUGAAAGAAAUCCAGAUCCUGAGUCAGCAGCUGAGAAGAAUAUGAAGGAGACAGAGACCUUUCCUUCGGGGUUUCCUGACUGGGAUGGUACAGACCAAGGGAGCAGCUUGAAAAUCAGGGACUGGUUCUUGGGACAGUUAUAUCUGCGACCUUCCCUUCUGGUUUUUCUUCCCACAGUAGUGCAAGAAACAGAGCUUCCCCCCGAGACGCUCCUGGCACUCAGUGGGCCCGUCUUUAGGAAAUGCAAGAUCUCGCCUUGUGCUCUGCCCGUUUAUCACGAGGCCCUCUUCAUCUGUGUAGUUGAUAAAGGUUUGGGAGAUACACGCAUGCAGUUUUUUGUGGAAAACCUUACUGGAACGUUAAACCCUUUGCUUAAGGCUACGGGCUUUAAGUUGGGUUGCACAACAAAUGAGCCAGAUCCAGCCAGACUCGGCGCCUUCGUGCCUUUCGAACCGCAGCUCCACAAACCGAAAUAUUUAAUUGCUCUCGAACUUGACGCUUCUGAUCCCGAACUGAAAAGCUGCUGCCUGGGGACUGUCGGCUUAGUUCCCUGGCAUCCGACAAGCAUCGGUCGGGAAAUUGCGUAUGCCUCACUGAACCUCGAUCUUCUAGCCAUGCACGUAAGCGGCAUCUGCGACUGGCGGAUGCUCUGGACCUCUGACGAGCGUUUCCUUAAUCAGUUUUCCGCAGGGAAUUUAGACGGCUUCAAGAGCUUCUUGCUCUAUCCGCCCUCCUACGUGCAUGACCUCAGCUUCUGGGUUCCAGAACCAGAACGUUUUAACGAAGCCCAGCUUCAUGCCAUUGUCAGGCACGUGUCUCGUGAAUUGGUUGUGUCCGUCCAGCUGCUCGACAGGUUCCAGCACCCGGAGACGGCACAAACCAGCCUCUGUUAUCGGCUCACUUACCAGUCUUGUGACAGAGCUCUGACAGGCCAGCAAGCCGCAGCGAUGCAGUUGAAGCUCAGGAAGGAGACUGUGCGUUCCCUGCACGUGACUCUUCGAUAACUCCUUAUCCUCGCUUUCAUCUCCACGGACGGGUUUAGCCAGUGCUUGUAAUUCAGCCUGGAUGUGGAACAUCUGGAUCUUGUGUAGGAGAGGACUUUGAUCCAGAGUGUUAUGUCAGGUCAAAGGCUGUGGUGGGCUUCAGUGAGGCGUACCUAGAGUUUUGGUCUGUAC